AGCUCUCCAUCGCCCCCUGUAUGACUGGAGUGUACAUCACAGCUCUACACCAAAAUAACAUCUCACUCUGCAGCAUUAUUAAAGCCUGUGCUCAAUGAUACAGUUUCCAUCAUCACCCAUAUGAACUAAACUAGCUGAAUCCUUUCAAAACAACAAGGCAAAAAAUCAAAUAAUCAAUGCACAUACACACACAGAGACACACAGCCUGCAUAGAGCUUGAGUGUUAUUUAAUGAUGACGUGAUGUUGUGAGAUGCAGUAGCAGUGCACUGACCAGCGGGCGGCUACAUUCUCUUCUUUUUUCUGUAUCUCUCUCCAUCACAGGAUACAAGCCAGGCUUCACGCAUCCCGCAGAACUAGUGUGUAUGCAUGCAUGCGUGCGUGCAUAUGUGUGUGUGUGAUUUCAGCUCCUCCGCCAGCAUCAUCCCUCGCUCUCCAUCAGGGAUGCUAAGGGAGUGUUUAUGAGCAUGUGCUGCGAAUCACACGGCAUGAUGGAGGACCAGCAGCUCCCCGGAUAAACACUGCAGACUCCCAACAACAACCACAACUCCAAUCAUGCACUUAAGGCAAGUGGAAAGAUGUAGCUGAAAAACCAACAGAAACCAGUGUUGACCAAUCACAGCCUCAGGUCGUCCCUGAAAAGGGGCGUAGCCUGUGGAGUUCAGCCCAUCAUGUCCAAGAAACCCCCCAGUGGGCGGGGCAAAGGAGAGCGACCUGAUGCCAUGGCAGCGCUGCAGGCGGCCAAUGAGGAGCUGAGGGCCAAACUCACAGAAAUCCAGAUCGAACUGCAGCAGGAGAAAACCAAGAUGCAGCAGUUGGAUGAGAAAGACGCUCGACGGUUUCAGUUGAAAAUUGCAGAACUGAGUGCCAUAAUCCGCAAACUGGAGGACCGAAACGCACUGCUGUCAGAGGAACGCAAUGAACUGUUAAAGCGUCUCCGUGAAGCUGAGAGCCAGUAUAAGCCUGUGCUGGACAAGAACAGACGUCUCAGCCGCAAGAACGAGGAACUGGCUCAUGCAUUGAGACGCAUGGAGAACAAACUGCACUUCGUCACUCAGGAGAACAUCGAAAUGCGGGAAAAAGCGGGGACGAUUCGACGGCCCAGUUCUCUGAAUGAUCUGGACCAGAGUCAAGAGGAGAGAGAGAUCGAGUUUCUGAGACUACAAGUGCUGGAGCAGCAGAACAUCAUCGACGAUCUGUCCAAGGCUCUGGAAACCGCUGGAUAUGUGAAGACUGUGAUAGAGCGAGAUAUGCUGCUGAGAUAUAGGAGACAGGACAGCCUGCGCAGGAAGAAGCCCUUCAGAACCUGUAGACCGGUGGUGGAGACGUUUUUCGGCUAUGAUGAGGAAGGCUCCAUAGACUCAGACGGCUCCUCUAUUUCCUACCACACAGACAGAACACCCUGCACUCCAGACGAUGACCUCGAGGAGGGCAUGCUGAAGGAGGAGACAGAGCUGCGUUUCCGUCAGCUGACGAUGGAGUAUCAGGCUCUUCAGAGGGCUUACGCUCUUCUGCAGGAGCAGGUGGGAGGAACCUUUGAUGCAGAGAAGGAACUGAAGACCCGAGAGCAGCUUCAGGCUGAAAUGAUCCGCUAUCAGACCAGAAUAGCAGAUCUGGAGUGUGUUCUCAGUCAUGAGGGACAGGAUAUGAAGUGGAUUGAGGAGAAACAGGCUUUGUACAAACGCAACCAAGAGCUUGUAGAAAAGAUUAAAAACAUGGAGAUGGAGGAGACACGACUGAAAAAUGAAAUUCAGGAUGCAAAAGACCAAAACGAACUCCUGGAGUUCAGAAUCCUUGAGCUUGAAGAAAGAGAGAGGAGAUCUCCAGCCAUAAACUUCAAGAAUAUCCAUUUUGCGGAGGGUUUGAGUCCUCUUCAGAUGUACUGUGAGGCCGAGGGUGUCACUGAUAUUGUGAUCACGGAGCUGAUGAAGAAGCUUGAUAUUCUGGGGGAUAACGCCAAUCUGACUAAUGAGGAGCAAGUGGUGGUUAUUCAUGCCAGGACCGUACUAACAUUAGCAGAGAAGUGGUUAGAAAAUAUUGAAGUCACCAAAUCAGCAUUACAGCAGAAGAUGAUGGACAUUGAAAGUGAAAAGGAGCUCUUUGGCACACAGAAAGGUUAUUUAGACGAGGAAUUAGACUACAGAAAGCAGUCUUUGGACCACGCACACAAGCGUAUCCUGGAGCUGGAGGCGAUGCUGUUUGACGCUCUGCAGCGAGAGGAGUCGAGCGGGAAGGUAUCGGAGCUUCUGAGUGAACAGGACCGGGAUUCGCUGAGAGGAGCUGUGGAUCAGUGGAAGCGGCAGGUCUUGAGUGAAUUACGAGAGAGAGACGCGCAGAUCCUGAGAGAGAGAAUGGAGCUGCUGCAACAUGCUCAAGCGAGGAUAAAAGAGCUGGAAGAGUGGAUAGAGACACAGAAACGACAGAUAAAGGAACUGGAAGAAAAGCCUUUAUUCUUUGGUCGUAGUUCUUCCAGGAAGCAAGAUAUGGAGUCACGCGGCUCAGUGGACCAUGCUCACAGGCCUCAAGUGUUCUUCUGUCUCAGAGGAGAGUGACACACACACACAGACGCUCACACACACACUCACUCCAGCCAUCUCUUCUUUGCCGAUCUUCUGUUGACUGACUCUGGAGCAAAGAUGUGGAAUAUGGUGCUCUCUCUCUUGUGGACUCAAACUGUUUUUAUCCUCCUGAUCUCGUGACCUCUGUCUGACCCCUCUGCGUCUGGAAUUUAAGGACUCUUAAAUUGAAGCUCUCUCCUUUCCCUGCUAAGCAGGUGGUGCUGGCGGCUGCUUCCCUGUGGAAGCCUGAUGGAUAGAGAGGUGUGUGUAAAACCCUUCCUCACACUGUUUACACUCCGCUUCGGCUCCUGGUGGCCCAUCUGGUGUUGGCGUGGUGGCGCUCGCCCCUUCUGUGCAUUGGUACAACUGGAACUCAAAGUUUAAUCCUGGAAUUAAAUGUAUGUCUGGUUUUCUAAUGUACAGGAGCAGUGUUUCCAAAUAAAUCUCUCAGAGGAAGACUGAAAAACUA